AUGUCGGUCGAGCUCGCGCCGGGCGUCGCGUCGAGCGUCUUCCACGUCAACUUUUGCAGCCACGAGACCAUCUUCCAGGCGCAGUACACGCGGUACCAGCGGGCGCGCAAGGUCAAGGUCAUGCGGUGCUUUCCGCAUUGCUGCCCGUGCCACGUCGCCAACCGGUACUGUGGCAUGCCACUGCAGCUGCUCACGACGCUUGCGCCGACGCCGACGCCGAGGACGUAUGCGUCGCUGCUCAAGAUUGCACCUACCGACCACGAGAGCUGGGCGCUGGGCGCGACAUUGCCGCCCCAGGAUGGCCGCGAAGGCGACGACGACAACGGCGCCACGUGGUACCGUGGCCAGGAAGAAGUUCUCGAGAAUAACGUGCUCGGGAGCUCGUUCAACCAUAGCUUGGUCGAUGGCUGGACGUACGGGUGGAAGAGUGGCCGCAGCCAAAGCGUCCGAGACCGCCUCCACGCCGCCACGGGCUUCUUGUUUGAAGUCGUCUCGGUAGCAAGCGGCAGCGUGGCCUGGCAUCUUAUCGCCAAAGUCACGUCGCCCGGCUUCACGGUGGCUACAUACCGUAACCGCGGGGGUGGCGCCCCCCCCGUAGCACCAUCGUCAUUGCCGUCGUCGUCGUCGUUGGUGCCGGUGCCGAUCCGCACCAUGGCCAGCGACCUCGGACUCGUGAGCUAUUUUUUGGAUACGAUCGAGCCGUCGAACGCGACGGCCGAGGCUGCUCUGGUCGGCCACCUGCUCUGUGACGCGUCGCCGCGUGCUCCAUUCGCUUGCGUGGCGCGGUGGAAUGGCACACCGGUCUCGGACGAGCACGAGAUGGCGACCGCGCUCUUAGCGCACUUGCUUGAGCCAGCGCACGUGAUGCAGCUCCGCGCCUUUAUUAUGACGCACGAGGCGUGCGUGCUCGCCAAGGCGACGCUGCGUCAAGCCUACAGCGACGGUGUCCAGCUACUGCACGCGCUCGCCAAUGAUUUUCUGACGCGCGCCUUCGACACGACGCUGCCGCUUCUCGCGUCGCUCGUGCGUCAAAAGCACCCGGCGAUGGACGCGGCUGUGCAAGCGCAGAUUGGCAUUGAAGGCCGGUUCGGGUACCGCUCGGUCGUGGCCCAUUUCCGUGAAGUCUCCUUGGUAAGCCUCCAAAAUUUUUGUAAUGGAACUCAUGGGUGUAGAGUGCUCUGA